GUCUCUAUAAAACCGGCAAGGUGCUUUAGGGUGAUAAUCGAUUUUUAUCACAUAAAUGAUUGGUGUUUGUACAGUUUUUACUCGACCAACGUUCUAUCGCUGUACUGCAAUUACCUCGAGAUAUUUCGCUAAAAUGGCCUCAGAUGCUAAACGUGCAAAGUUGUCGGACGCAGAAAGACAGGACUUGUUAUCUCCCCUGAAAGUUGCUGGCUGGAGCCUGGUAGAAGGGAGAGAUGCCAUCUAUAAGGAGUAUCUAUUUAAAGAUUUCAAUGAGGCAUUUGGGUUUAUGACCAGAGUAGCACUGCUAGCUGAUAAGAUGGAUCACCAUCCAGAGUGGUUCAACGUCUACAAUAAGGUCCAAGUGACGCUCAGUACUCAUGACGUGGGAGGUCUGUCGACGCGGGACGUCAAACUGGCCAAAUUCAUGGAGAAGGCUGCAAGCAAAUAGGCAUGUCCUAAUUAUGAAUACCAAUCGCUGUACAUGGAAAUACUUCAGAAAAUAUACAUGACAUUAACACCAAAAAUAAAACGAUGGUUGUCUAACAGUGUACCUAACAAUGGGCCCAUAUUACUGAAACCAUACUCGUGUAAAAUACACAUUUUGGGCAAAUAUGUUUGAAGAUCUGAUAUCUGAAUUAAUAUUUUUCAAUAAUUUGAAGGAAUUUCAGAAAGACUUUAAUUGAGAUAUUAUUUCAUAAAAUUUAGGGUUUUCUUUUAAACGGCUAUUUCAUGUUUUAAAUACCUAUGAAGAAAGCUGGGUUGAGCAGAUUUCUGGCUUCAUGGUUUCAUGAAUAUGGGGCCUGAGAAAGUUGUUGAGAUUUUUGGGGCAAAUAUACCGGGUAAGUGAAAUUUAGGGUUUACUUGUCCUUUAGAUUGACUUGGUAGCGUGUAUAUUUCCUGAGGUUUCUGGCCCACAGUGGGGUUUCCAUGUUGCCUUAGAGACAUAGAUAUUGUGAGAUGUAUCUAGUUUAAUACUGUGUACAUUCCAAUAGGUACGUGAGAUGGAGUAGCUGUAUAUUGUGAGUGGGUAAUAUUUAACCAAGAUAACUGUAAACUUAAAUAUAUGUGUGUGUGGAUAUUCCGUGUACAUAACAAUGUAUGACCCAAUUAUCAUUCUAAUUAAUUAUUAAGCAGUAUUGUAUUUGGUACAAUAUUUGAAGUAUUUUUGAUCCCUUUAUAUACUCUCCGAGCUUAUUUAUGACAAAAUUCUUAUUAGUCCCCUACCGGUGAAACCGCAGGGACUAUAGGUUUUUUCCCAUCCAUCAGUGUGUCUGUCAGUCCAUCCACUCAGUUUUCCAAAAUUUCUCAGCCAUGGUUUAAGGUAUGUUGAUGAGAGUUGGUAUGUAACUUCAUUAUGAGUUGCUACAGAUCAGGUUCAAGUUUCAGGGGUUUUGGGUCAAGGUCACUGUUACAAUUUUUAGUGGGGGCUGGUAGGAGACAGGAUAAUGUCUCAAAGACAGGACAUGGAGAGGGAGGCCUUAGUGGUAGAAUCGGCAUUCUAUAUAGUAUAUUAUACUGGUGGUUUUUUUUUUGCGUGACAGAAUAAAUACACACCACUUAGUUAAACACGUAGAUGUGUGAACCUUCACGACACAAAUGUGCAUAUAAUAUUAUUUGAGUGAAACUUUCUACAAAAUUAUACAAAAUAUUUUCAUAAAAUUUAUGAUAAACACUGAUAGUUAUGAUGAAUCUCAGCCAUACUUCCUGUAGAUGUAAUUUGAUGCUGUACAGGAUGCACAGCAAAGUUGUUGGAUUUUUUUGUGACCUUGAAAAGCCCUGAAGUUACUAUCGGUUUUUAAAUGUCUCAAAUCCUUGCUGUGGAAAGCCCUUGAUCAGUUGAUUCAUUGAUUUACAUAGUUAAUGACAUAGAGACAGGAAUAUUAGGAAGAUUCCCGAUUAAAAGAAUGACUCCUUAUUUAAAUAUUGUGACAGUUCAUGGGAAACUGCAUGUUAAGUCUCAAACUGACAAGUCACAAGUCAAUGUGUAAUAAUCAAAGCUGAAAUCAUACAAGAAGCAUGACAUUAUACAUUAUCUGACAUAUUAAUGGAAAAUGUCUUUUUUUCUGUAUGGCAUUCUUAUUUAGGGCCAGUAAUCUGUAGGAACUCUGCUUUACAAGUUUUUAUUGAACUCUUGUGCUGUAUUCCUAUAUAUUACAUCAUAAUAAUGUUCCAAAAUGCUUCCAUCCUAGCCUAUACUGCCAUCCUGGCCUAUACUGUCAUCCUGGCCUAUACUGCCAUCCCGGCCUAUACUGUCAUCCU